AUGGAGCUGAGCGAAGAGGCCAUCCACGAUGUCAUCCACCCCACAGCGGCAUUCUGCAAUGCCUGCACCCGCAGUACCGCGCACGAAGGCCCUACCACCACCGGCGUCGGUCAGGAGGGCGACUGGGACGCAUCGUUCCUGAACCCCAAGAAUCGCAUAGACAGCCUGGAGAUCCCCAGGAACCCGCUCUGGCAGAUGGACGGGUGCACCGCAUUCGGGAGCCAGUUCUACGCCACGCCUCUCUUCGUCGACGGGCCCAUGCCUCCGCUGAGGAUGGACGUCUUCGUCCCGGAGCCAUCCAAGCUGUCCAGCCAUGUCCGCGAGAUGCUCGACGUGGACGUGACCUUCCACACGAGGGACAAGCACCGCAUAGCCCAGGUGGGCCUGACGCGGCACGUGCUGAGGAUCCUUCACCACUGGGCGUCCCAGUGGGAUGACCCGCGCCGCAUCUACGAGAACAAGCCGUUCGGCAGCAAGAUUGUCCUGCGGAACAUGCCCAUCAGCGUUACCAAGGCCGACAUCGUCAUCGCGCCCGCGCACUACCUCGAGCACCAGCUGCUGUCGCUGUCGAGCCUCGAAGAGUUCUGGGCGGCGGACGUGGACGAGUUCCCGCCGGCCGUGGACGUCGGCGAGUUCGCGUACGUGUCUCAGCUGCACGACAGCGUCUGCCUAGUCGAGCUCGCGGGCGAGGUGCUCAUCUUCAAGGCCCUCACCAGCUACUCCAAGUACCUGUACCACGAGCUGCGGCAGCUGCUCCUCAUGCGGCCGCACCCCAACAUCAUCUCGCGCCCGGUCCACCUGGUGACCAAGAGGUGCGGCUUCGGCAGCAAAGUGGCCGUCCUGGGCUUCACCGAGGAGUUCCACACGGGCGGCAGCAUCCGCGACCUGAUACCCUUCCUCGAGCUGCACAACCGGCUAGCCCCCGCCACGAAGGCCCGGUGGGCGUCGCAGCUCUCGUCGGCCCUAGUCCACCUGCGCCACGAGGUGGGCACGUUCUACUCCGAUCUCCGGCUGGACAAUAUCGUCCUGUCCGCGUCGGGCGACGUGGUCAUGGUCGACUUCGAGCAGCGCGGCGUCUGGUGCGAGUUCGCCGCCCCCGAGGUCAACGCCAUCGAGUACGUGCGUCUCCUGGCCGUCGACGACGACGUCUCGCCCGACGUCAGGGCCAGGUACGCCGCCAUCCUCUCUGAGAUGCUGCCCGGCUGGGAAGCCAUGAGGGACGGGGAGGAGUACCGCUGGCCCGCCCCGGGUUACAACAUCCCCUGGGCCUGCCUCACCCCGACCGAGCAGGAGGCCUGCGAGGUCUACAUGCUCGGCCGCGUCCUCUGGUGCAUCUUCGAGUCCGAGAGUGCCCCACAGCGCGCCGCCAUGUGGCUCUCCUACCGGUGGGAGCCGGCCGUCGAGUUCCCCGUCUUCACCCGCACGCCCCGGCUCGUCAGGGACCUGAUCGACCGCUGCACCAGGGGCAGGACCCAGGGUCUCAGCCGCCUCAUCGUCAGGGAGAGGGAUCGUCUCGUCCUGCGCGAGCUCGAGGGCACAGGCCUCUCCACGGCAGAACAGGUCCAGGAAACGGCUCGCGACUGGUGGUCCGCCGAGCUGGACACGUCCGAGGCCUGGCUGCGGAGCCGCAUCGACGGCCUGCGCCGCGGCAGCUGGAACGAGAACUACUACCGCAGGCCCACGCUGCGGCAGGUAUACGCUGAACUGAAGGCUUAUGAGGAGUGCAUCUCGUCGUCGGGCUAG